AUGAAAUAUUUGCACAGGAAAAUGCAAGGUUUGAGUGGGAUUCCCAGUUUUAAUUACCAUGGAAAAUGUGAAAAGUUGAAUAUUGUUGACAUUAGUUUUCCAGAUGACUUAUUGUUGUUUACAAGAGGUGAUGUGAUGUAUGUGCAGCUGGUUAUGGAUAGACUCAAUGCUUUCUCUAGAUCCACGGGUUUAUGUGUUAAUCCUAGUAAAUGCAAGAUGUAUCGUGGUGAUGUGGAUGCUGACAGUGAGAGGUAG